AAUCACUUCUUUUGACAAAGCGACCUUCGCAGUAAUCACUUCUUUUGUCAACCUGAGCCGACGCCCUGUUGUGUGCAUAUUUAUGCUCUCAAGGAGGGACACGAGUUGAAGUUAGAGAAACCUAGGAGCUGAAGAUGACCUCGAUUUUAUUUGCAGCCUUUUCCUUGGUAUUUGUUGUGGAAAGUGAAGCUGCCCUGCCGAAAAUUGGAAAAUGCACAUAUACGGAAUACUACUGUAAAGUACGUAAAUGUGAAACAGACUUCUUCAUAGAGCGACAAAAAGAUCCCAAAGGAAACUGUAGUGAUCUUCACGAUGAAAUGCUGAAUUGUGCCACAAACACUUUGAAUUCUUGUACUGAUGAAAACUUUCCAUCAAGUCUCCUAAAAGGACAAAUUGAACAGAAUUUCGGAGUAGAUCUCUUGUGCAGUAAAGGGGCAAUAGACACCCCAGCCAACAUUCUUGGUAAAUUGCUUCCAGUUUUACCAUGCACCGCAUCUUUCAACAAUGAAUCAAGCGCGUGUGUGAAGAACUACCAUGAAAUAUUUUUUGCAAACGCAUCGGAUCCUGCUCUUUGCAAGGAACAAGCUGAUGCAAAGAAAUGUCUGAAGAAUCUGAUGAAGUCCAACUGUACCUUUUCCUCUCAGCUCCAGGAAAUAUCUGAUCUGAGUUUUAGUGACCAUAAUCCUUUCUGCACCACCAAGCGUGAUCCUGGGGCGACCGGAAAGGAAAUAUGCGAUGGGGUGACCAAAGAUUCUUCCGCUGGUCGCAUAAAUGGCGUAUUGAAGGCGCUGUUUGUUUCUUUCUUUAUGAUGUUAUUCUUUACUAAUAUCUAAAACUGAGCGGCCAGUUUUUAUUUUUGUAAUUUUACUGUAUUAAGUUGCAUUUGAGACAUUUAGGUAGUAUUACUCUCUGGUUAUCUUCAAAAAUGUAUUACCUUGGUUCAUGUCAACACGGCGCUUGGUUCACCGAAUGUUUUGAUGAUGUUCUUAUUUUGUCCUGUGAUCAGUUGGAAGAGCUCUUCUUGCAAAGCGUCAUUUUAAAAAUCGAAACAAAAUCAAAAACAACCAACAACGUCGUUCCCGAGGUCCUUUAUCUUCUUCCCUGGUGGGAGGAAUAAAGAGGACCCUGGGAACGAAGUUGAUUUUCCCACGGAAAAUAGGAGACGUGGGUCCAUCUUUACAUCAGAGUAACCCUUUCACAUCCCCGUAGUAUAGUUUGUGAAAGAGAGCUGGGUAUUUCAUGUAAAUUCAAGGGUAGAAAACUUCAUUUAGUUUGUUUGAAUAAAGGGUUUUGCUGUACUGUG